AUGAGACCAAGCGUAGUAUUAGCUCUUGUAAUACUAAAGUGCAUUUUGUUCUGCAAAGUAUAUUCUUAUAAUAUUCUCGGAGUGUUCCCUUUUCUUGGAAAAAGCCAUUUUUACGUCUACCAAGUGUAUCUACAAGAACUAGCCAGCAGAGGCCACAAUGUAACAGUCGUAUCUUUCUUUCCUCAAAAGCAACCGUUGAAGAAUUACCACGACAUUGAUUUAGGGAAAGAUAAUAAGUACUUUGAGUUCCGACAUCCAAUUAUCGUUUCCUCCUUUCACAAGCUUCUAUCGUUGACAAUUCUCCAGCCAGUGAUGGGACCUUACACGUGUCGGUUGAUCCUUGAAGAUGACGAGGUUCAAAGCCUGUUGAGAUCUAAGCAAGCGUUUGAUCUGGUAGUGAUGGAGCAGUUUAAUGUUGAUUGCCCUUUAAGUAUAGCAUACAAACUAAACGCACCAGUUGUAGGCAUGACAUCUGGUCUGUUGUUGCCAUGGCAUUACAAUCGAUACGGUGUACCCUACAACCCAUCAUAUGUUUUGUAUGACAUAUUUAAUGGCGUAUCGAAACCUACUUUCAUGGAUCGAAUUGUAAGAUCAAUUUCCUACCAUUACAUACAAAUUAUGCAACGUGUUUGUUCCAUGAGUGAGGACCGGGUGAUUGCAGAUUUUUUCGAUGACGUGCCUCCAAUAGAAGAAUUGAGUCAUAAGAUAAAAUUUUUGCUUCUAUAUCAAAACUUUGUUGUUAGUGGAACACAAAUUCUACCAUCAAAUGUCAUUGAAGUUGGAGGUUUUCAUGUAACCAAAGCAAAAAGUUUACCAACAGACCUUAAAAAGUUUAUAGAAGAGUCAAAAAAUGGAGUUAUUUACAUAAGCUUUGGAACUAUUCUGAAUGGGUCAUCUAUGCCACGAAGAGCUUUUGACGCAAUAUUAGGAGCUUUGAAAGAAUUACCUCAAAGGGUUGUAUGGAAAUGGGAAAAAGAGAUACCUGAUAAUCCUGAUUUCAUUUAUGUUUCUAAAUGGAUGCCACAAAAUGACAUAUUAGCGCAUCCCAAUGUUUAUGCAUUCUUUUCACACUGUGGACAGUUAGGAACUACGGAAGCCGUACAACAUGGAGUUCCCAUCAUCGGCAUGCCAAUCACAGCAGAUCAAUUUUCAAACGCAGCUGCUAUCGAAGAAAAGGGUAUCGGUGUUCAAGUUGAUCUUAAUGCUAUAACUAAGGAGUUGUUAUUAGAAAAAUUCAGAAUUAUAUUAAAUCCCAGGUUUAAAUCUCAGGUCGAAAAUAUAUCUAAAAUGUGGCAUGACCGACCUGUCUCAGCCAUUAAUACUGCAAUACAUUGGACAGAAUUUGCUGCGCGCUAUCCAAACUUCACAUACACCUCGCCGAUAAUCGACAUUCCAAUGUAUCAGUACUUAUGCUUAGAUGUCAUGUUUAUAAUUUGUGUAUUACUCAUAUCGCUUCUGUAUAUGAUGAAAUGUUUGUUUGUACUAUGGAAAAAGUCAAGAAAAUCACCGAAUACAAAAAUAAAGAAGUCCUAA